AUUUCCUAUUGCUGUCGACAGCUGUUCACCACCAAGCCAAACAAACGUAAAAUUCACGAAAUUCGCACAAAGAUAUAAACUUUAAUCAUGGGUCGAGCCGAAGCUGGUACUCCUAAGUACCUUGCCAACAAAAUGAAGGCGAAGGGCCUUCAGAAGUUGCGCUGGUACUGUCAGAUGUGCGAAAAGCAGUGCCGUGAUGAGAACGGCUUCAAGUGUCACACGAUGAGUGAGUCUCAUCAGAGGCAACUGUUGCUAUUUGCGGACUCGCCUGGCAAAUUUCUGCAUAACUUCUCCAAGGAGUUCUCCGAUGGCUACAUGGAACUGCUGCGUCGACGCUUUGGCACCAAGCGCACAAACGCCAAUAAAAUCUACCAGGAAUAUAUUGCGCAUAAGGAGCACGUGCAUAUGAAUGCCACACGAUGGCUGACGCUCUCGGACUACGUAAAAUGGCUCGGUCGCACUGGUCAGGUGGUGGCCGAUGAGACGGAAAAGGGUUGGUUCGUCACAUACAUUGAUCGCAGCCCAGAGGCCUUGGAACGGCAGGCAAAGGCCGAACGCAAGGAGAAGAUGGAAAAGGAUGACGAGGAACGCAUGACGGAGUUCAUUGAGAAGCAGAUCAAGAAGGCUAAGAAAGAUGAAGAAGACGGUGAACCACAGGAAAAGUAUACGGAAUUAAAGCGAGAGGAAGAGCAACCACUAAAGCUGGACAUACGGUUGGAGAAGAAAUUCCAGCCAGAUUCCAUCCUGGGCAAAUCAGCGCUAGUCACAAAACGUUCCAGCAAUGACGUCGAUGAAAAAGUGUUCAAGAAACCCAAGGCAAUGCCCGCAGAGAGCAGCAGCAGAUCUGCAUUGGAUGAGAUUAUCAAGUCGGAGGAAAAGAAGAAGGAGCGUGCCAAUCGUAAAGAUUACUGGCUGCAUCCAAAUAUUGUAGUUAAAUUCAUAUCCAGCUCGAUGGGGGACAAGUUCUACAAGCAAAAGGCUGUUGUCCAGGAAGUCAUUGAUAAAUACCGCGCCAAGAUCAAGUUUCUGGAUACAGGCGACAAGCUAAAAGUCGACCAGGCGCAUCUGGAAACUGUGAUUCCCGCUUUAGAUAAGGAAAUUCUGGUUGUUAAUGGAGCUUAUCGUGGCUCUGAAGCAUUGUUGAAGAAAUUGGAUGAACGCAAGUAUUGCGUCAGCAUAGAGAUCCUACAUGGUCCAUUGAAAGGACGCAUUGUAGACAACGUACAAUACGAGGAUAUCUGUAAAAUUUACGGCACGUAAAAAUGCCGUAUUGCCAAUUGAAUAAGUAAGCUUAAGGUUAGAUUUUGUAAUCUAAUGUUGUAUAAUUUAAAUAAGUUUUUGUAAUAAUAUUAUAGUCGUUCUGCCCAAGAUAUGCAUAAAAUUAGCAUUGAUAUCAUAAAUAAUACGUAUCCGCAACGUUCUACAAAUUUUCGGAAAAGUUUUUUGAAGAUUAUAUUUUUGUUUUAGAAUUUUAUGUAACAAGCUCAUUAGAGAUACAAUUGCAUAGCAAAACAGAUCAAAUGAGGAUGACUACUUUAUUUUAUU